AUGCGACUGAUCAAUAUCGACUCAUUUGAGCUUCACGAGUUCGUUGAAAAUGAGCUCCCACUGUACGCGAUACUGUCACAUACUUGGGGUGACGAGGAGGUGUCGCUGAGCGACUUAGCCGAUCUGAGCAAGGCACGGACAAAACAGGGGUUUCAGAAGAUACAGUUAUGCUGCAGGGAAACCAGAGACUACGGGCUUAGCUGGGCCUGGGUAGAUACUUGCUGUAUCGACAAGACGUCCAGCGCAGAGCUUGCAGAGGCCAUCAACUCCAUGUACAGAUGGUACAGUGAAGCCGUGGUCUGCUUCGCCUGGCUUUGUGACGUCUCAGACCUGACGGAUUUCGAACAGCCGAUCCGCGAGGCGCCACGGUGGUUCUCUAGGGGUUGGACGCUCCAGGAGCUAAUCGCUCCCUCGACAGUAAUCUUCUUCUCGAGAAGCCGGGAGCGAUUAGGCACGAAAGAUGACCUGCGGGUGCCAAUAUCCGCCCUCACAGGCAUAGAAGGUCCCGUUCUGUUGAACUUAGUCUCUAUGGAUAGGAUUCCCGUGGCGAAGAAAAUGUUUUGGGCAGCCCGUCGUACCACCACAAGGGCAGAAGACCUCGCGUAUUGUUUGCUGGGGAUAUUCGACAUAACCAUGCCGUUGCUGUAUGGUGAAGGCAAGAGAGCGUUCACGCGCUUACAAGAAGAGAUCCUGAAACGCACAGACGAUCAUACAAUAUUCCUUGGAGGGCUCUUGACCAAACGAAAGCUAGGGGAAUAUGGCGUUGGAAUGUUCUCAGAGAGCCCUUCGGAUUUCGACCUCCAGUGGGAAUGCCAGAAAACUGAAGUUCCGUCCUCGGAUAUCCCGCCAAGACUAGUGGGAAAUCAGUUGCAUAUUACCUUGCCCAUCACCUUGAUACAUUCGCCCAGGCUCGCGAAAGCAGAGAUCAUAGGCGCAGGCUGGGUCUUGGACCGAGACUAUAGUGACGGUUUCCUCGUACAGGGGGCACUCGACUGCCAUCUUGGCGAUAGCCAACUAACGAGAUACUUUCUCCUGGCAACUGCAGAUGACCUACACAGCCCAUGUCUGCGAUUGUUGCCAGUUCCGAACAGUAUGCAGUGGGUUCCUUUGCAAGACGUUCAAAGUUGGACCAAGAGGAAAUGUAUCGUUGCAUCGUGCGAACCUCGAGAGAAACUGCAGCCUGACUUGAAGUUUCAUGACGACUUUGACAGAUGGAGGUCCCUAAGGCUGGCAGAAGAGCACUCCGGGAUAGCGUCCACUCGAAUUCUCGUGGAUCUGAUCUUUCACAACGAGAGGUUUCGCACAGAGUCGGUGAUAGUCGCGUGGGGACUCAAGGGGCAUUCUGCUAUCUGUAGAGUGACCGAUAGUAUGCCUGGUGGCGAAAACAUGCACCAUCUAGACUUGGAUUCGCUUUACGAACGCGGCCAGGAUAUUAUCGAUGAGAUUCUCACUUAUGAUCUGGACACUGACAAAAUAUCACGGAGGCGAAAUGUUAACAUUCGAUUUUCUCGAAAUUAUGAGUCUGGGAGCAAGUUAAUGGUUGUGGUGCGUCGUACAGAUGUCCUGCAGGUGCACAUUCAUGCAUGA